UUCAGGUAAAAUAACAACUCAAUGUUUAUAUCCCAGGACAAAUUAGCUAGAAAGCUAACUAGCUAAAUUGCCAUAAAUGUUUAAUGCUGGGAAAUAUUGUUAAUUUCCAAACAUUCAUGUAUUAAGUUCGCAUGCACUUGUAGAGAUGGGGCGGAUCUUCUUAGCCACUGAUGACGCAAAUACAGUUGUACCUUUUUAUCUAAAUGACGGAUGUUGUGACAUCACAUGUAGAACUACAAUGCUAUGGCUACACAAUAAUAAAUCCUGUCUCACGGUUGUAGCCUAUGAUUGGAUUCACCUAUUGUCACUCAGAUGCAUAGGCCUAUUAUUAGCCAAGGCAAGACGUUUUGCCAAAACACAGCCUAUUUUACAGACUUAUGACAAUGUUUUGUAGGCUAGAUGGUAGCGUAAAUACAUGGAGGCAAAGUCGUGGUGCAAUGUAUUUAUUCGCAGUGUCGUAACAAUUAAGAUAUCACAGUGACAAAUGGUCAUGCGUAAAAGGCAACUCGUUGUAAAUGUCCUCAAUCCAUGACGCUUAAGACUAACUUAUACAAUUUUAUUUUUUUCUUCACACAUUUAUAUAACGUUGUAUGUGGGGCUGUAAAGUGCUCUGGGACGCACGUUUACUUUCGCUGUCGACUUGCUGUAUUCAAUUCUGCCGAUUCAGUUGCAAACCGUUUCUUAAACGGAAGCAAACGGAACGAACGUGGAGUGACUUGCCUUAAUUUGUCCAAUAGAAACUUGUUUAGUUGCAAAACGGAAUGCAACUGUUUGAACGAAUGAUUAUACACCCCGGGCUUCAGACGGGUUUAGGAGACAGCUGCUACACGUGACGGUUAUAAUGGUUGUAUAACGCAACAAUAUUUAGGUCAACGCGAUUCUUGUUUGGCACGUGCACACUUACCACUUACAAAAAGUAUCGUGCAGAGGUCUCGAAUAACAACAGGUGAGAGACAAAUAUGUUCGAAAGAGGGGGAAAAAAGACCACUCGAAUGAGUUUACUUAUAUAUGGUAAUUUGUCAGGUUGGACACGGAUAUUUACCCGAGAAAGCAGUGUUAUCACUCAACACGAAACCGUUCAAUUAUAGGGAGCCUGUGUAGUAGCCUAUAUAGACCAUCACUUUUCCCUCAAAUACAUGCAAAAUUACACUUUAGCCUAUCAUUUUAGAGGAUAAAAUGAACGUUUCAUUCUUAAAUCAGGCUGAAAUAUGAGCCUAUUGAUAAUGGACUCAUGCAGAAUACUCUUUACAGUUGUAAUGAACGGGAAAUCUUGGUAUUUCAUAAAUGGUUGUCCUACUUGCUCUGGGCUAGACUAUGGCCCACGAAACGAUUGCGUGUGAAUGCAAGGAACAGUGUCCCCUUCACGGGUGGUUUGAGUGAAUGAAUGCGAGUGUCGUGGUGACUGGUGAUAGAGGAGAAGAAAGAUUGACCUCUUCCGUGUUUUCCUGGAGUUGUGUCCUCAUUACCCAGGAGGCUACUUUAUCCUUGCACGUGCAGGUUUACGUUUGUAUGUCUACCCCCACCCCGCAUUAGUACAGAGAGAGGGGAGGAAAAAAUAAAGUAAAUUUAUACAACAAUCCCCCGCCUCUUCUCACCAUCUCUCCUACAGUAGGCUACUUAUACCACAUUUGGGCUACACUACCACUUCCUCAUGUUCUGCGGCGCCGGGCUGCUGCUGACCGGAUCCAACCAUGUCCGUAGAGAAUUUAGCCGCCGGCGGCAAUGACGGGACCGCAGACAAACGAUCAGGUACCGGUACACCUAUUUGUACCGCGUUCAAGACAACUCGAACUCGGAAACUCGUAAACUGAGCUCCAGGAUGAAAAGGAUCAGAAUCAACCAAUAGGAAACUCUACGCAAAAACCGUACGCACAUUUUCACUUGGAGGUUCUGAUCUUUCCGAGUUGUCUUGAAAGCACCACGUGACCCUUGCAGUUAGGAGAAACCAAUAGCCUUCCUGUUUCUCGGCCUUAUGUCAUAACGCCCCACCUGGCAGGAGCCAUGCCUGAUGUCAUAACCCCCCACAAGGCAGGAGCCAUGCCUGAUGUCAUAACCCCCCACAAGGCAGGAGCCAUGCCAAUCCAAGAGCUGUCUAGGAAACGGAAGGGGGAUCUAGAUAACAGGGAAAAUGGUGAUGCUCAAAUAGAGGAGCAACAGAGCAGAUCGGAAGAUGAUGAUCAACAGGUGAAAAUAAAAUGGUUCAGGGAGCCACACAGCCAAAUUGAAAAGCGGCGGAGGGACAAAAUGAACACCCUUAUUGACGAGCUGUCAGCCAUGAUCCCCUCAUGGAACCCCAUGGCCAAAAAGCUUGACAAACUCACGGUUCUGCGAAUGGCUGUACAGCAUCUGAAAGCCCUGAAAGCAGGUGCCAGCAGUUCCUUUACUGAUGUUAACUACAAACGCAAGCCUUCAUUUCUGCCUCAGGAUGAUCUCAAGCACCUGGUGCUCACGGCUGCAGAUGGGUUCCUGUUCGUGGUGAGUUGUGACAGGGGGAAGAUCCUCUUUACCUCAGAAUCCGUCUCCAAGUUUCUCAACUACAGUCGGUUGGAACUAAUUGGACAGAGUCUUUUUGAUUAUGUCCACCCGAAGGACAUUAGUAAAGUGAAAGAGCAGCUGUCAGCCUCAGGAUUAUACCCUCGUGAACGGCUCAUAGAUGCCAAAAGCUCUCCCGGUUCUUUAGCAGGGUUACAGGUGCAGGACCUUCCUGUGGGAGCAGUUCAACUGUGUACAGGGGCACGGCGCUCCUUCUUCUGCCGCAUGAAGCACAGCAGAACAGUUAUGAAGACAGAAGACAAAACCAUCCAGCACAGCAGCUCCAAGAAAAAGGAGUCUCAACGAUACUGCACUGUCCAUUGCACUGGUUACAUGCGGAGUUGGCCCUCCACCCAGCUGGAUGCUGAGAGCGAUGAUAACGAGUCCUCCCAUCUGUCCUGCCUGGUUGCUGUGUGCCGCGUUCACCCUAACAAUGCCUGUCAGCCCUCACGAGAGAUCAAGGUCAAACCCACCCAGUUUGUCACUCGCUUUGCAAUUGACGGCAAGUUCAUCUUCGUAGACCAACAAGCCACUACUGUUCUGGGCUACUUGCCACAGGAACUACUGGGGACGUCUUGUUAUGAGUACUUCCACCAGGACGACCUGCAACACCUCGCAGAGACACAUAGGAAAGUUCUCCGCAGUAAAGAGAAGAUUGAGACCAGCUGCUACAAGUUCAAAACAAAACUUGGCUCCUUCGUCAUGCUUCAAAGUCAGUGGUUUAGUUUUAUAAACCCUUGGACCAAAGAAGUGGAGUUUAUUGUGUCAACAAACCGAGUUUUGGGACCUGGUCACACAGAAACUGAACAGCCGAGCAGCUCCAAGAUGUUGGACGAAGAGAGAAAACGUACUAUCCUUAUCCCUGGCAUCUCCAGUGGCAUGGCCACUAUGAUCUACGCUGGCAGCAUAGGGACCCAGAUAGCAAAUGAGCUCUUGGACUCCAACAGGGUCAAUUGUUCUCCAUCGAGUGGAACCUCCAGUCCCUUCUGUCCAUCUCAGGACAGGUCUCCAAUGGUCUCUUCUCAUGCCAACAUGCCAAAUGAGGAGGUGACUGACUCUGAUACAGUGAGCAAGUCUGGAUCAGAGUCUGCUUCAAAGGGGGCCACAUACGCUGGCAGCAACACACAUAUGGACACAGCCCAUUCUCCCCCAGGAGAGAGCUCCCUGAGCAACGACGAGGCUGCCAUGGCCGUCAUCAUGAGCCUGCUGCAGACUGAUGCCAACCUGGGGAACGCAGUAGACUUUGACAACAUGCACUGGUCUCACUAGCAGAGAUUCAAAUGCCAUGAAUUCAGGAGAAGAAUUUAGAUUCCAAUUCAAGAUUUGAAAAAUGCUAUUUAUUCCUAACUACAUUACUUCAUUUAUUUAUUUAAGCAUUUUCAGAGGAUUUCUACCAAUUCCUGAAUUGGGAUUUCAAUUCACUUCCAGAAUUGAAAUGGAAUUGACCCCCAACUCCAUCAGUCCUUAACUCUGUAGUUUAUGGUUAGACAAACUCCAUCCAGGGACUAUUUUCAUGUGCUCCGCUACCAAUGAAACAGAUUUAUGUGCUUCUGAGGAACUUCUACAGCUCUCUGUUUAAGUUUCAGCAAGAGAAAUAAGAUCAGCAAACUCUUUGGUGGCUUGCACAGCUGGUUCAAUUGGUGGGGAUUUUUUUGAUCAAUGUUUCAAUGUAACUGAAUUUGUACUAAAACCUCCCGAGUUUGCCUAUAUCUGAGGGGUCACAGAUCGAUACCAGUUCGGUACUCUUGGGGUUCCCGCAGGUGUGAAAGUGAUCAACCCAAAUUCCAAGGGAGUGGACAAGGGCAUAUGUUAAUCAAUUACAAAGUAUAUUAACUUUGUACACUGAUCACUUGUGUGAAUAACUUGAAAUGAAACAUUACAACUGUGUCUUCACUCAAAUUGUCAUUGUCUGUUAUUACAAAGUGAAAUUGUAUAUUGUUCUUUUUGCUCUUGCGUUGUAGGUUUCUGUGUAGAUUAAUCAAUAUUGCUGCCAUGUCUAUUGUAAAGACAGCGGCAUACCUUUUUCUGAAGUCACUCAGAAGUAGAGCUGCUUCUUUUGAAAUGUUUUCAUUUACACUGAAACAGAACACCAUGAAGAUGCACCUGCAGUGAUGUGAUGGAGGCUAAACGCUCAAACACUUUUGUAUUUUGUGAAAAGCAUUUACAAAUUUAUUAUGCAACGUUGGCGUUCUUAGCAAUAGUGUGUGCGUUGCCUAUCCUAGAGGAACACAAUGGAAAUAAGCUCUCAGGCUUUAUUAUGUUUUGUCCUCAAUGGUUUUAAGUAUCUGGUCUUCAACUUUUUAAUGAUCAAAUAAAAUAAAAUACUCACUGCCCGUCACCACAA